AUGCAACGGUAGAAGGCAGGUGCAGACUAUUAGUUGCUAUGACGUGCAUGUCCUGACCUCCGAGCCGCCAUUAUUAUUUUCUGAAGGGAAAAGAUAUCUGUGCUGUUUUGGCCGGUAGGAGAAUGCUGAAACCCGAGAGAGAUGGUACCGAUAACCACGCUCUUUUCAACCCCAGAGAGAAAAGUUACGUUGCACUAAAAUAAGCUAACAACAAGAUAUAUAAAUCUAUAUUAAAUAAGAGGAGCCGAGGCCCCAGUGAAGGAGGGAUCGGGACUUAGUACAGAGUAACCGAUUUGCUACGGGGAGAGAGAAAAAAAAAAUCGAUACUGUCCCCGUUCGAGUCUGGACUGAAACCGGAACCGACCAGGAGAAAACUGGGGUAGGGUGUGAAUGUGUAAGCGGCGGGGCGCAUUACUGUUUUUGAAAUAUUAUUGAAUCGUAUUGCAAGAAGUGGGAUUUGACAUCUGUCACUCGCAUAACCUUAAAUUAGGACGAUAAGGACAUCACCACACUUGGUGUUGAGGCGUGUAAAUAAUAAUAAUAACAAUACCUUGUUACGUUUUUGCUGCCUUUUUUGUUACAGGCAUUUCCAGGACUUAUUUUUUUUAGUUUGGACAGUGUUCAAAAUGUAUCUGAUGUUAUCCUUGCAGCUCUGUUGUGACCGGAUUUCGGAUUUGUUACCGGGCUCACAACAGGGUAAGUGACAGCUCUUAACCGACUACCAACACUCUCGGGUGCUUCCACAAUUCGGUCUACUUAUUUUAAGCCAAUUUAAAAGUGGUCUUGAGGAGCCUGUGUGAAUUUAGAUCUGAGUGAUCUCCGAGUUGGAGGAGUUCGAGUCUCCGAGUUCUUCAGUACCUACCGGGUCUGCCUGUGCUGAUUGGGGCCAGAUAAUUCCCGCUAAUAGAUUUGGGUCUUCACUGAGGCAGCGAGAGGCUGAAAAACAAAUCGGAUUGUGCUCCCUGAGCACAGUGAACCGGGAUUGGCUGACUUGUGGGCAGCGUCGGGCUGGCUCCGCCUCCCGGCAGCAGCGUGCGAUCCCAGCCGACGCCCCCUGUCCUGCGCGUCGGAGCCCAUGCCCCCAGCACCCCUUGGCCUGUCAACACCAUGUGCCUUUCGCAAACCAUGGAAGUGGAGAAGCACGGCAAGAGCCAGGGCCCAGCCAGGGAUGGCGGGGUGCUGCUGGAGCCCUUCGUGCACCAGGUGGGCGGCCACACCAGCAUGAUGCGCUACGAUGACCACACUGUCUGCAAGCCUCUCAUCUCCCGUGAGGAGCGCUUCUAUGAGUCCCUGCCCCCUGAGAUGAAGGAGUUCAGCCCGGAGUACAAAGGCGUGGUGCUGGUUUGCUUCGAGGGGGACAGUGACGGCUACAUUCACCUGGUGGCAUAUCCCUACGUGGAGAGUGAGGGUCUGGACCACGAGGACGUUCCAGAACGGGACCAGCCACGCAGGAAGCACUCGCGCCGCAGCCUGCACCGCUCCAGCAGCGACUACAAGGAGGAGCGCAUCACACACGAGAGUGACAGCUCCGAGAGUCUGCAGGAUCUGAAGAGUCCGCGCAUGGAGCUGCAUAUCAAGUCGGACGUUCCUUUCCAGAUGCUUGACGGGAACAGCGGGCUGAGCUCCGAGCAGAUCAGCUACAACCCCUGGAGCCUGCGCUGCCACAAGCAGCAGCUGAGCCGCAUGCGCUCCGAGGCCAAGGGCAGGAAGCUCUACAAGUUCCUGCUGCUGGAGAACGUGGUGCACCACUUCAAAUACCCAUGCAUCCUGGACCUGAAGAUGGGCACGAGGCAGCACGGGGACGAUGCGUCCGAGGAGAAGGCAGCUCGGCAGAUGAAGAAGUGCGCGCAGAGCACCUCGGCCACGCUGGGGGUGCGCGUAUGUGGGAUGCAGGCGAAGAUGAAAGCGCUGAUUCUGGUUGGAGGAUAUGGUACGAGGCUCCGCCCUCUGACCCUCAGUAUUCCCAAGCCAUUGGUAGAGUUCUGCAACAAGCCAAUCCUGCUGCAUCAAGUGGAAGCUUUAGUAAAGGCAGGGGUGGACCACGUGAUCCUGGCAGUGAGCUACAUGUCAGACCUGCUGGAGAAAGAGAUGAAGGCCCAGGAACAAAUACUCGGAAUUAAAAUCUCCCUCUCGCAUGAAAAGGAGCCACUGGGGACAGCCGGUCCCCUAGCCCUGGCGCGAGAGCUCCUCACUGAUAACUCAGACCCCUUCUUUGUGCUGAACAGCGAUGUGAUCUGUGACUUCCCCUUCGAGGAGAUGAUGAAGUUCCACCAGCACCAUGGCAAGCAGGGCACCAUCGUGGUGACAAAGGUAGAGGAGCCCUCGAAGUACGGGGUGGUGGUGUACGAGGGGGAGACCGGUCGGAUACACCGCUUCGUGGAGAAGCCCCAGGUCUUCGUCUCCAAUAAAAUCAACGCUGGCAUGUAUAUCUUCAGCCCCUCCGUGCUGCACAGAAUCCAGCUGCGGCCCACGUCUAUAGAGAAGGAGAUCUUCCCCAUCAUGGCCCAGGAGGGACACCUCUAUGCCAUGGAGUUGCAGGGGUUCUGGAUGGACAUUGGGCAGCCCAAAGACUUCCUGACAGGGAUGUGCAUGUACCUGCAGUGUGAGCGCCAGCGGAGCCCCGAGAGACUGCGCACGGGGCCUGGCUUCCUCGGGAAUGUCUUAGUGGACCCCACAGCUCGGAUCGGGCAGAACUGCACCCUGGGCCCUAACGUGACGAUCGGGGCGGGGGUGGUGCUGGAGGACGGCGUGCGGAUCAAGCGCUGCACAGUGCUCAAGGGGGCCCGUGUGCGCUCACACUCCUGGCUCGAGUCUUGCAUCAUCGGCUGGAGCUGCUCCGUGGGCCAGUGGGUGCGCAUGGAGAAUGUCACGGUCCUGGGGGAGGAUGUGAUUGUUAAUGACGAGCUCUACCUGAACGGAGCCAAUGUGCUGCCACACAAAUCCAUCGGAGAGUCUGUGCCUGAGCCACGCAUCAUCAUGUAGAGAGAGAGAGAGAGAGAGAGAGAGUGCCAGUGUAGGGUGUAGAACUGAGAGAGAGAGAUCCUUCAUCUGCAAACAACUUUCUACAAAAGCACAAGUGUAGUCCCCUCCACUUCCACUCUACAGGGAUGUUAAUAAUGUUAUCAGUAAAUUCAGUUAUAAUGGGAGUCAAUGGAAGGUGAUAGAUGGCUGUGAGAGAGAGAGCGCAAGCGUAACAGAGAGUGUGCUUAGGAAUGAGUGUGUGGGUGGGACUCAUUUUUCUCUUUUUGAGGUUUAAUCAGUAUUGGGAAUUUUACAUUAAAGUUUACAACAUAAGAACAUAAUUUCACAGUGCCUUCACUAGAUAAUGUGAUUCUUUACCACUCUGCGGAAAUGAUCACAUUAUGAAACAAAGGCACUAGACCCCUUUGCGCAAUUAAUGGGUUUCUUUACAGCUAUUUGGGAUUCCUGACUAAUGAUUAUGACUUUAAAGGAGACGGUGCAAUCCAUUUGUUUGCCCAGUGAGUGAGAGAAGGGGAGAGUAUGCAAGGAAUGAGCGAGUAGACAACAAGGAUCAUGAGGGGAAAGCCGAGAGAAUUAGUCAUACAGUGUAGCAGAGCAGAGACGGAGAGCUCAGCAGUGGAGCAGAGCACAGCCAGCCCCUGCCUCCUGCCUCCUGUCUGACACUGCAGAGCAGGCUGCUGCUACUGAACGCUGCCUCAUCUUCCCAAUGUUUUAUGAAAACCUUUUUUAUUUGUAAUAUAAUUGCUGAACCAAUAAUCUGUUGUUGCUGUUCUUGCCAUUGGUGUAGAAGUGUUAUUGGAGGACAUCGAUCAGUCUGCUCUUAGCUCCGCAAGGGGACUCCAGCAAGGGCAGCAACAGCUGCUUAAUUGCAGUUUGGCCAGGUGAGGUGUCAGCGAUGACCCCUGUGGGAUGAAUUCCUCAUUGUCAACCCUUAUUGCAUCUUGAAAAUUGUACAUUCAUCUGAUCUACACAUAUGCUGAUGUACCAUGCUCUCAUAUAUCAGACCCCCGGAGGUAUUAUAGAUUAUGCCAAUGAGGAUGUUCUGUGUUAAAUCAGACGGCCAGACGGAGUUGACUAUCUUCACCACACAUCGAAAUGAUCUGAAUUCAUUCCUCUUUGCUUAAUGCAGUCCAUUUAUUCAACGCUUGUCAGGAGCAUCAGGUCCAAUUUAUUUUCACAUGCGCUGUUUAUUUU